AACGGCAAAUCAUUCUUCCAUGGUGACAACUGGUUAUCGAAUGCCGAGCUCAGACUGUUUACUGACGCUUCAGGAAGCAUUGGUUUUGGCGCCCUAUAUAAAACACAUUGGUUCUAUGGGACUUGGCCUGAUACUUGGAAGAAGCUCAACAUCGCUACAUUAGAAUUGUUUCCCAUUGUGUUGGCAGUCUCAAUCUGGGGCAAAGAUUGGGCUAACCAGAAUAUUAUAUUCUUUACCGAUAACGAGGUCGUGGUAUCUGUUAUCAACAAACAAAUAAUAAUAAUAAUAGUCUCUUUUAUAGCGCUAUUCCAUGGACAGAGUCCUUGCUCACAGCGCUCCCUCUCCAAAAGCUCGCACAAACAGCCAGGUCUUUAUCGCUCCCUUGAAUUUUUCAGUGUCCACAGUGUCCCGAAUGCGGCAUGGAAGAGUAUUCCAUAGACGCGGUCCAUAACACUUGAAACUACGAUCCCCAAAAGAAGUCUUGGUUCUAGGAACCACCAGCUCCGAGAAAGCACCUGAUCGGGUUCUGCGGGGAGCAGGUUUCCCAGAAACACGGUCUCUCAGAUACUGGGGAGCUGCACCCUGCACGCACUUGUGCACCUGAAGCAACACCUUAAAGUCAAUCCUUUCUGCCACAGGCAGCCAGUGAAGCUUAAUCAGAGUGGGUGUUAUGUGAUCAAACUUCCUGACUCUGCAAACGAUGCGAGCAGCAGUAUUUUGAACACGCUGUAAUGGAGCAAGUGUCUUCUUCGGUAAACCAGCAAGUAAUCCAUUGUUGCAGUCAAGCCGAGAGGACACGAAGGCAUGAACCAGACGUUCCCGGCUAUCCUGGUCAAGGUAUCUACUAACACGGCCAAUACUAUACAAACUGGCAUAUGCAGCGUUGCAUAUCUUCUUUACAUGUGCUUGCAUUGUCAUGCCCUGGUCCAGAAGAACGCCUAGAUCCCGGACACAGUCAGACUUUGGUACCGAUACUCCAUCAACUGAUAUUCCGGCAAUAGAUCCAGUUCUGCGCGAUGAAACAAUGUUAAUCACAUCCAUUUUGGGGGCAUUGAGCGCUAGUUUGUUUUCAAAUAACCAGUCCUUCACAUCCUUAACACAUGAUUCCACGCGUGUCACCAUCCGCUUGCUCUGCAAACUAUCGACACAGGGGGCUGACGCUUCAAGCUGAUUGUCGUCAGCAUACAGUUGGUAUGGAACAUUAUGUUCUUGCAUGACAGCACUGAGUGGUAGAGUGUAUAUGGUGAACAGAACAGGACCAAGAACAGAGCCCUGGGGAACACCAUACUCGAGGACAACAGAGUCCGAGUACAUGUUGCCGAUUGCAACUGAAAGCUCUCUGCCUGCGAGAUAAGGCAAAAACCACUGGAAUGCCCUGUCCGCAAGGCCAAUGCGAUGUUGAAGUCGACUCAAAAGUAUAUGAUGGUCCACCGUAUCGAAGGCUGCGGAUAGGUCCAACAGCACUAGAAGAAACUCCUUUCCCACAUCAAGUGAGCCCAGGAUAUCACUUGUAAUGCGCAACAGUACAGUUUCUGUGCUGUGUCCUUGGCGAUAGGCGGACUGGUUUGGGUCGUAUAGAUUGUUCAACAACAUGUGAUCUCUUAAGCGCAUUGCUACUAUUCGCUCGAUAAGUUUGGAAAGAUAAGUCAAAUUAGACACCGGGCGGUAAUUCCCCAGUACUUCCUUGUCAAGUGUUGCUUUCUUAAGUAGCGGUUUGACCAGAGCGAACUUAAGAGGGACGGGCAUGUGGCCAGUCUCAAGCGACAGGUUGAUGAUCUUCACUAGUACAGGCAAGAGUGGUUCGACGCAUUUCUUCAGGAGCCACGUGGGGAUUGGAUCGAGACUACAUCCUUUAGCUGGCAAGGAGAGGAUGAGCUUCCUAACCUCGCUCUCUGACGUUGGUGCAAAGUCCUGUAGCAGGGAUGUGGUACUAGAGCCAUCGGAUGUUGCGAGCGGUUCAAAACCAGAGUCAUCAAAUUUCUCACGGAUGUUGCUGAUCUUCUGGCUAAAGAAAGAGCAGAAAUCCUCUGCCAUGGCCUUCGUGUCGGUAUUAUCUGGCAGAGGAGACACUGACUUCUUUCCAACAAGCUCAUUGACGACCUUGAACAGGUCUUUGCCAUUGCAAGCCUUGAUUCUCGAGCUAUGGAAAGAAAGUUUAGCCUUAUCAAUCAUCGUACUGAUGGCAUUGCACUGAGCUCUGAGCAUUUGUCUGUUUAUUUCAGUUCGUUCAUUUCGCCACUUAUUCUCGAGUUUGUGGCGAAUUAUUCUGGCAACAAACAUCUAAGGAAAAGCAGGUCAUGUCCUUAGUUCGCUCUCUGGUGAAAACAUGCCUCUUUCAUAACAUUGUGGUCAAAGCUAAGCAUAUUCCCGGCAAAAAGAAUGUUCUAGCUGACAUGCUCUCUCGUUUACAGAUACCUGCAUUUCUGAGGCGGGCACCUUGGGCGGAUGCGACGCCCACUCUUAUCCCUCCAAACUUGUACCCGGAUGGAUGGAAUCUGCGCUCAUAGAAUUGCGUGGCAAUAUGGUUUCAUCAGCUACUAUGUCUGCUUAUCGCAGAUCUUGGGAUAAUUUUUCUCAAUUCUACAAUGACUACAUAGGCGGUAACUUAAACCUACCCAUAUCCAUACCAUGUUUGACUCUCUUCAUCGCAUUUUUGCAUGGGCGGGGGUUUUCUCCCUCCUCCAUAGCGUCAUGCAUGUCAGCUAUAGCAUAUUUGCACAAACUUCGUAAUCUACCUGAUCCGACAAAGUCAUUUGUCGUAAGUAAAUUAAUCUGCGCCGCGAAGAAUUUACGCGCGCAACCAGACAUCCGCCUGCCUGUUACCAAAGAAAUUCUUCACAAACUGCUGGUUGCGACACCUCGGGUGACUUCAUCACACUACAAGUCAGUUAUGUUUCAGACCGCAUUGGUUCUUGGCUUCAACGCCUUCCUGAGGAUUGGGGAGAUGCUUCCUUCGUCUAAAUCCCGUGCAGCCAACUGCCUUCACCUGCACGACCUCAUAAUCCAAUCAGAUGGGCUAAUACUCUCCUUCCGGAGAUUUAAGUCUAGCAAUACUCAGGGUUCUCAAACCCUGAGGUUAUCGGCCAAGACAAGCUGCUGCCCUUUAGUGCAUACGAGGGAAUUUCUGGCUGUCCGGGGUUCAGCACCCGGGUUGCUUUUCUGUUACCCAUGUGGCUCCCCUUUCCUACGCAGAGAAUUCGAUAACACGCUUAAGCGCGCUCUCUCCUUUUGUGGUCUCGACUCGUCCCGCUUUAAAGGGCACAGUCUGCGCAUCGGGGCAGCAACACAGUCUGCUAUCGAGGGCAAAUCUGAUGCUUACAUACGGGCAGCAGGCAGGUGGGCGUCUGACGCAUUCCGCAAAUACAUUAGAAUCUUAUAACUACAUGUAGUUUCAUGAUAUUAUGAUGUAUACCGGGUCAGACUGAGGCUGCCCGACUUUGAUUAUCUCACUGUAACGGUAUUUCCCCAGUCAGACUUAGGCUGCUGGGUUUACGUUAACUGGCUCUAUAUUAUACGUGUUGGAGAGAGCAUUCUCUGCCGGUUGUGGGGUGGCCUCAAUGACUUUCGGCUUGUGACGGUACCCUCUCAACCGUUUCUGCAAAUUGUCUAUUUUAAUAUGCUUUUGGUCACAUGAACCACAAGUCCAAUCUCUAUUGUCAACCAUGGUCAUGUGACGCAUUUAGUUUCAUACCCUUGCUAGGGUAUCUUAUUUCAUGUUUUGCAGACAAUGCUCUCUCUUGUAAUUUGUAAAAUAAAUAUAUUCCUCAUAUCUUGGCCUAAUCGGCCCAUAAUCAAUCUAUAUAACGUGUUGUGUUAGUCAUUCUGAG